AUGAGAACUGCGGACUUCUUCCCACGUGCAAGCUUUAACAAAAAGCUGCAGGCUUCAGAAACUCGAUCGUGGAUCUUCGCCAUGUCUCAGGGCAAAGACGAAAAACACCAAUCGGGCUACGUCCUUGGGACGGAGCUUGACGGAGCUGGCUCCUUCGAUACCAUCACAGCCUUGGUAGCUGAAGACCACGAACAUGACAUCAAGCUUCGAACUAUGUCCUGGCAGAAGACCGCCUGCCUACUUGCCGGUGACCAGGUGUGUCUGGCAAUCAUGGCCCAGUCGUGGUCUCUCUCGGUUCUGGGAUGGGUUCCAGGCAUCAUCACCAUGGUGCUCUCGGGGAUCAUCUUUUGGAUCACCUCAAUUACCAUGCACAAGUACAUCAUGAAGAACCCCCAGAUCAAGGAUAUUUGCGAUUUCGGCUACUAUAUCUUCGGCAGGAACCGAGGUGCCUACGUGUUCUCCGCGUUCAUGCUGCUUGCCAACAACAUUCUACUCAUCGGGUUCCAUAUCCUGACCGGCGCAAAAGUUCUCAACACCCUGUCAGGUCACACGUUGUGCACGGCUGUCUUCGCUGUCAUUGUGACACUCAUGGGAAUUGUGAUAUCUGCCCCGCGAACCCUUCAACACGUCAGCUUUUUGUCAAUGUUUUCUUCCGCCUGCAUGGGAAUCGCAAUCCUUCUCUUCCUCGUCUUCGCCGGUAUUGAAAAGGCCCCUCUGUAUGGUUACAGUGGUGAUUAUCCCACCGAUGGAGCAGUCAAGACCUACGCAUUUCCUCUUCCAGGCACUACUUGGGUUGCAUGCAUGAACGCCGUGCUGAACAUCACAUUUCUCUGGGUUCCUCAGAUCCUGUUCCCCACCUUCAUCGCCGAGAUGGAGAAGCCACAAGACUUCCCCAAGGCAUUGGCUGUUCUCGCUGGGAUCUCUGCCAUCCUCUUCAUCAUUCCUCCGGCGAUUGGAUUCCGUUAUUUGGGACAGUACGCCACCGCCCCUGCUUUUGGUAGUCUGGGAGUCGAAGCAUACAAGAAAGCAUCUUUUGGAUUCGUCAUCGUGCCUACUCUCAUUAUCGGAGUCAUUUACGCGAAUGUGACGGCCAAGCUGGUCUACACACUCACAAUGGGCAAGUCUCGACACGCACACAGUAACACGCUCAUUGGAUGGGGAGUCUGGGGCGCGAUCAUGGCCGUUAUCUGGAUGCUCGCUUUCAUCUUCGCCGAAGUCGUUCCCAGCAUGGGAGAUUUCCUAUCCCUCCUCAGUGCCGCAUUUGACUCCUUCUUUGGCUUCAUCUUCUUCGCCAUCGCCUACUGGCAGCUUUACCGUGGACGUCUUUUCAACGGUCUGGGCAGGACAGCCAUGACCAUCAUCCAUGCUUUCAUCAUGGUUGUUGGUCUGUUCAUUCUCGGCCCAGGUCUAUACGCAGCUGUGGAAGCUAUUAUCACUGAUUAUUCGGGAUCCAUCACGCCUGCUUUUACUUGCGCAAAUGCAGCUCUUUGA